AUGGCUCAACAGUGCCCUCAACAUGAAUAUUUUGACAGAUUGCUGAAUGCUUGCAAACCGUGUCACCUUCGGUGUUCUAAUACCCCUCCUCUCAUAUGUCAGCGUUAUUGUAAUACAGUUUUCGUGCUGAUGAUCUUGCUAAGGAAGAUGAGCUCCGAACCAUCAAAGGACAAAUUUAAGAGCACAGGAUCGCCUCUCCAGAACAAGGCGAAUGCUGACCUGGAUGAUAGAAAAGCUAGCAGGACCGGUGAGGAAAUUCUUUCCAGAAGCCUGGAGUACACAGUAGAAGACUGUACCUGUGAAGACUGUGUCAAGAGCCAACCAAAGGUUGAUUCUGACCAUUUCUUUCCACUGCCAGCAAUGGAGGAAGGCGCAACCAUCCUUGUCACCACGAAAACGAACGGCUACUGCAGUGGCCUGCUCGCUGCUGAGAGUCUCACAAGGAUGGAGAAAUCCAUUUCCACCAGAUAA